GAAUUACUCAGGUCGCGUCCUCCAGGUGACAGGUGGCUACACAGGUGAUGCGCUCAAAAUCGUGGCGCAGAGGUACCAGCAUGUGGGGGGCGUUGGAUCAGCUGAGGAGUUGGUGAGCGUAGCGUGGCACCCCGAGGAAGAGAGCGAGACGCAGCCGGAACCGAGGCAGGACGGGGCGUGGUGGUGCGCACUCAGUUCUCUGAAUCCAUCUUUGGCGUAUCUGUGGACUCAUUGAUGCCGGGGAAGCGUCGGCGUCUCCUGAACCUCACCGUCACGCCACACACUGGAAAACACUGGCAGGUGAGCCUACAUGUGCCAAUUAUCUCUACAGCCCUCGAGUGGGAGACGAAGCUCUGGAAAAAUCAGGGCAAGCAACAUUGGGAAGUUAAUGGGGAAGUCAAGUCUACCAAAUCUGACAUAUCGUUAGAAUUCGUUCACUUCAAGCAGGAGAAGCAGGACGAGGAGACUCAGGUCACGGAUGACAGAGGUGAGGCUGGCAGGUGUGAUGCUGAAGGUUGUGGGGACGGCGGUGUCAAGGAGCCAAAAGCCAAGUCGCGGCACCACGUCGACAGUGAUUGCGACUCAGAUUUAAGAAAAGAACAGACAGUAGACCAGAAUGAAGUUUGUAGUGGUCGAGAUCAUAAAUCAGAAGACUUAAAGCAAAAUGAUCCUGAUUCCGUAAUGUUAAAUGUAGACGAAGAAUGUUCCAAGAAAGCGGAGUGUGAUGGACCGGAAGAGUCAGUGUCAAGUGAAGCUGUUCAAGAGACUACACAAAAAUUAACUUCCCGGGUUUUCAGCCUUUCUUCCAACAUGAAAACUUUCGUCUCAUCUGACGGAGGACGCUGGAUUCGGAUCCUGCAGCGCACACACCUGGCAUUCUGUCCUCACGUUGGCUGGAACUUGAACCAAAUAUUUCGGUUCAAUCGUGACUGGACUGGGUGGGAGUACGUGGUGAACACCUGGGAGUGGGGCAACAUGGUGGUGAAGGCGGAGUGGGGCGUCUCUCUCCUGCAGUGGUACCAGAAAACUUUCAGCUUCUCUUUCGACCAGGCGGCGGCGCUCCCCUCCACGCAGCUGGUCCUGGAUUUCCGUGACUGGUGGAGCUACAAGGUGUGGCUGAAGUGGCCGGUCCUCGCGUCCUCCCUCGCCGCUUCCCUCACGCUUGGUCGCGACAGUCACACACUGCUGGGCGAGUCAGACCGUGUGGGGGUGACGUGGGAAGUGAAGAAAGUGGACGAGUUUCUGGGUGAGGACGCCGGAAAGGUGGUGGCGCGGGUGGUAGCGCGACACACCCCUGCUGGCUUGGUGGUGACCUUCCACGCCGACACCGCCAGCAGGCAGGAGCUCCACGAUACCGUCACUGCCGUCCUUGCUCAGGCCAUGGAGAGCCCUGACCUGUGUGGCGAGGUGCCUGACCACGCCACGCUUCUGAAGUUCCUGCACGACUUCCUUGGACAGUCACCGGCGAGUCUCUGGGCGGAUCUGCUGCAGGAAGUAAGUCCGUCGCCUGCUGCUGGGGUCUGGCACCGAGGCAGACUUACAUCACCUGCUGGAAGUUUUCAGGGAGGAAAUGGGGACAGCAGAAGGCGUAGGAUUGUGGGAGGCAGUAUGGACGGUGCUGGAGCGGGCGGGGCUGCUGCGUUUCCCGCGGCGAGGAGGUGGAGGUGGUGGUGCCCUCCGAGUGGAUUAGGCUGGCGCAGGGGUGGUUCACUUGGGCUGUCAUGGGAGGCGGCGGGCAGUGCGAAGGCAACACACUGAUGGUUAACCUGGUGGAUGCGCUGGCGGAGACCCUGAGGCGAAGUGGCAGCGGGCAAGCAACCUUUUGACCCACCAGUCAGACAAACUUUUAUGUUCGUUCUGAAGGCAAAUCAAAAGCAGGAAUUUGUUACCAAAACCAUAAAUAAAUGACGUCAUCGUACAUCUGGCAUCCAUUCGUGUAGCUGCUAUACAACACUAUAUUGUUAUUUAUUUAUUUUUUUACUUUGUGUUGAUUAAUUGCUUGCUUAUUCUUAGAAAAUAUGUAGGCGAUAAUAUCAACAUAAAUUAUAUACAUGUAUUCAUUUCAUUGGGACUAUUCACUCCUGUUGCUACGUUCUCAUGUUCGUUUGUAUUGAAAAAUGUUCCCUUAAUUAUCAAUACACCCAACCAUCAAUAAUUAUUAUAGUAAUAUCAAAAUAAAAUGUUCAUUGUUAAAUACUGGAUCAAAAUAAAGCCAAUCAGGGA